ACGCGGCACGACUAGCUUGGUCCCCCCUGCAGAAGACCCGGCGGCCGGCCUCAGAAGAUCCACUGGGCCCGCAAUCCUCUCCUCUUUUUUUCGCUUUAGAAGAAAAAAAAGAUCGGCUCUGGUCAGGUCAGGUCUCGUCUUGUCGUUGGAUGCUUCCGGCGAUCGCCGGAGAGAGUAGAGGGGAGGGGCAAGAUGGACGCCGCGGCGUCGGCGACGAGCUCGAGGCCGAAGCGUGACUCGCCUCGCAUCCCUCCCAACUACGUCAGCCUCAGGGACCUCCAGGAGCUCCGCCGGAAGGAGAGGGAGGAGGAGGAGGAGCAGGAGAUGCAGCAGCGUCGACGGGAGGUGGAGGCGGCAGCGGCGGAUAAGGCGGAGGAGGAGUGGAGGGGCUCGUCGGAGAAGUCGCGGGGCGGCAGUGAGAGGAGCCGCGGGGGGGAGCGGUGGGCGCCCGUGCCGCACCGGGCGUCGCCGCCGCCGCCGCAGGCGCGCACGGAGGUUGCGGCGACGGCGAGGAAGGUGGAUGGGGCGAUAGGGGCCAUGGCUGUGGCGCACCGGGAUGCGCCGCCUCCGCCGGCGCGCGUGGAGGCUGCGGCGAAGAAGAUGGAUAUGGAGAUAGGAGUCGUGGCUGUAGCGCACCGGGUGGCGCCGUCGCCGUCGCGGUCGUCGCAUGGUGCGGUGAAGAAGAUGGAUGGAGCAGUAGGAGUUCUGGCUGCGCCUCAAUCGGAGGCGCCGCUGCCGCUGCCGCCGCCGCGCAGGGAGGAUGCGGCCAAGAAGAAGGGCAGGGCGAUAAGAGGCGACGCCGUUAGGAAGGGGGCCGACGAGGCCGCGGCCACGCCGGCCAGUGCGUUCCAAGGGCGACCCAAACCCAAGGAGAAGGGGAAGGUCGCCGCCGGCACGAAACAGCCAACCGCGCCGGCCGAGACGGCCACCGCAUCGUCGCCCGGCGGCACGCCGGAAGAGAAGAGGAAGAGCAAGGGGAAGAAGGCCUCGGGAGAUCAGGGCACAGCACCGGUGACCAGCGACGCGCCACGCGCGCCGGCCGAGGCGGCCGGUGCGUCAUCCCGAGGCCGCGACAACCCGGCGAGCCGGCGCAACCGGAAGAAGGGCGCAGUCAGCAAUUCGCCGGACGGGAAGGCCCCCCAGCCGGCGCCGAUCAGCAAUUCGCCGGCAGCCGAGUUGGGCGGCAACCGGCGGAGCGGCGGCGCGCUCGGGACGAACGGGGAGACGAAACCGGAGCCUGUCGCGGAGAAGCCGCCGGUGGUGGAGGCCAAGUCCACCGCGCCGGCGGCGAGCGUCGUAGUGGGCCCGACCAGGCCGCCGUCCAUCGGCGGCCCAAGGCGUCAGCACGCCGGCGUGUGGGUGCCCAAGGUGGUGGCGAUUCCCGGCCCAUCACGGCAUUCCGUAGUAUCGGUUAGGAAGAACAAUUAGGGCGGAACGCCGGAUUCUUCCUAAUUAUCGCGGGAAUUUAGCAGAUUUCGGUUAGAAUCAUGUAUAAUUAUUGUGUAAAUCGUGUGUUUCCUAAUGGGCUCUAAUUGCAAUCGAAAUGAACUGGAAUUUGGGACGAAUUCCAACCGAUUAUGAUUUCUAGUUGAGGAACUCAUUUGAUCAUUGGCAGGUUUACUAUUCUUCUGCUGUUCAAAUUGGAUCAGAGAUCAAAAACCAAAUCAAAAUCAAUGGCAGGAUCAUCCAGGCCCCUGAAUCCCCCCCCCCAAGUUGACAGAGCCACAGCAGUGAAGCUAAAGGCUCCAGAUGAUUGCAUCGUCUUCUACCUCUCGCCAUCCUUUGGCCUAGAACGAAGGGAAGUACUUGCUGAGGCCAUACGGCAGAGAGUAGAACUCCUCGCUCCUCGGGUCAUGCCUGUAAGACUUGAACUUCUCCCACCAAUGGAAGCCCCUGUCCUUCCACACCGGGCCGUCCCAGUAGGUGUGCGUGCAGUCCAGGAGGUAGGCGAGGAUGGCGGCCACCGUCGCAGGCGAGGAGAAGAUCACGUUGACGAUGACAUUGAACUGCAAAAGGAAAGAUGUUGUAUCAUCAGAAUUCAGAAACAUUCAGAAAAGUAAAACGGCCAUGAUCUUGAUGCAAUCAGAGAACAGAGAUUCAGAGCUGGGUUGGUUCACGUACAGCGGGUGAGUGGGUGUGAACUGGCCCGAAGACGUAGAACACCUCGUACUCCCUGAAGUACUGUGGGAUGGACAGGCCCAAGAACAGGGAGAUGCUGAGGAUGAACUUGGUUCUCAGUGUGUUGAGGUUGCAGUACUGGAGGAAGCAGAGCCCUGCAGCAGCUGUCUCAUGCAGAAACCAAGUGUAAGUCUUCCGGAAUAUUAAUUUUCCAUAAUGAAUUCAUUCCAGCCUCUACAUCAUAGAUCAUGCAUUCGGCCAUGAAUGAUCUCUUGAAUUUAUUAGUGAUGGUAUCAUGAAGGCUCACCUGAAUAAGCGAAGAGAACGCAGUACAGUGCAGAGAAGAUUGGCAAUGGGAUUGAUGCAAUGAUUGCCCCAAAUUUCCCUGUUGAUUUUCCGGCAUCUCAUUGUAUCAGAAUCAGAUAAUGUGGAGUUGCUAACAAUGCAAUGGUGAACACUGCUGAUAGAUUCUGAAUGAUGGGAAAUCAUACCGAACAGCGAGAAGAAGAUCAUGAACAAGGCUGAGAUCUUUAUAACCCUUCUGCUUCCGACUCGCGUCAAGGCCAACAGACCUGCAUUCUCACUUCUCAAGCAAUACAAGGACAAGUUAUUUCCAUCCUUCUAAGUGGAAGUCUAGGUAAGGUUCUAAGAGAGCUGAGUGCUUUACACUGAAGCUACUGAUCCUGUCAAUGUACCACACAUCCCGUCCAGAAUGGUAGAUAUGCCCUGAAAUUGCCCAGGUUGCAGUGCAGUGAGCGUUCGUUCUGCAGAAAAACUCAGUGAGAAUUACUGAAAGUUUCUGUUAUUUUCAGUACCUGCCAGCCAACUCCACGAGCGAAAACUGAAGGCGGGCAGAACGUUGCCCCUGCAUAUCUCGUCACCGCCAUCAACGUGCCCGUAGACUGAAAUCGACCAGAAUUCCUCGUCAGACUUACAAGUAGAAACUUCUCACCAAAUCCCCAGUGUUUUGAAGACAUGUUUGUGACAAAUCAAUGAUUAGGAACUCAACUAAUGUAGACAUCUAUCUGGUAAUGAAAAUUUACUGAUUACUCACUA